UUUAAAACCCUAAAUUCCCCGAUUCUCUCAUUCAUUCUAUAUAUAGUUCCCCCGAUCGUUCUCUUUCAAUUCCUUUCUUAUUUCUUGUUCUUUUCAUCUUCUUUGUGGGAUUUUUUUUCUUUUUUUUGCAUGUUUGAUUGUUUUGGUAGAAGCUGAUCUUUAACAAACCCAGGCAACUCCAAAUUCAGGUCUGAUUUGUUAACAUUUGCUUAUCUCUCUAUAAAAAUUAAUGUAUACAUAUGGCUUAAUGGUUUCGAUCGUUCUAUUACAUGUCUCUGAUUGUAAUUUGAUUAUAAUGCUUUGUGUGUGAGAGUUAGCGUCAGCGUUUUCAUCAUUUGUGAAUUUUUUCCAAUUGCGUCACUAUCUUCUUCUUCUUUCCUUGUUGUUGUUGUUCUAGUAGACUAGUACCACUGUUUCUAAUUUUUUUUGGAUUCUGGGGUUUCACUGUUUACACUAUUCAAUUUGCUUUAUUCAGUCAUGUUGCGUGUGUUUUUAUGCUCUGUUUGUUGACUGUGUGUUGAUCAAUCAAUCAAUCUACUACUACUGUUUUGGCUGGCUCCACAAGUCUCUUGAUGUUUCUAGUAUCUCUUUACCUACAAUUCAACAAAUGAAGGAUAGUUAGUUUCUGUGUUGUUAUUUUUUAGUUUUUCUGUAACAGCAUGCCAAAGCAUCGGAGGAUGAAGCUUAUGGAUAGGGAGGAACAAUCCUAUGGUGGUGCUUCUGGAGAGUACCCUGACUUUGGUGCAAUUUUCAUGUCCAAUAACUCCACGAGAAAGGAAUGCCUUGGACGCGAGCUUUUCGGUUUGCCAAUGAGGCAAGCCGGUUUUGUUAAACAGGUCAAAGCCGGAAUGUUGUUGUUUUUGUUUGAAUUCGAGAGUAGAGAGCUACAUGGUGUCUUUCUGGCUUCCUCUGAUGGUGCUAUCAACAUUGAGCCUGAUGCUUUCUGCUCUUCUGGCAAACAGUUUCCUGCUCAGGUCAAGUUUACUGAGAAGUGGCGUUGUAGGCCGCUUCCUGAAAGCGAGUUUCGUCAUGCUAUUCGUGAAAACUACUUUACAGCAACUAAGUUCAAUUUUGGACUCUCGAAGGCUCAGGUUCAGAAGCUGUUGAAGCUGUUUAGCUUGAAGAAAGAAGAUAGAUCCAGGCUGAGGAAAACUGCAGUUGUAAAACCCACUAGAGAAGCUGAAAGGAAUCUGAGAAAUAGAGUUGGUGAUCGCUGCUUUCGGAAUUUUAAUGCAGGAGAAACGGAUGGAGAUGUUGACUGUGAGUUUCCCUUCAGAGUUACUUCUGCAGGAGAUGCCCGUGAUCGUAGGCCAGCAGAAAAUUAUGGUUUUGAGGAUGAAUCUGGUAUUGGCGUAGAGGUUGAUUCAACUAAAGGGAAUGAGUACUCUGGAGACACGUCUGGCAUUAACCUGAAUUAUAGCUUUGGCACUGAUGCUUUAACUAAUAAUUCUUUUGUUAAUGAUCGAAGAGUCCCGAAGAACCUGAGACACACUGCAAGUGGCUGGUUAGAAAACAAGUACAAUGAAAAAGAUGGUAUCGCACAGUGGUCUAACGACGAACACCUUAAGUUUGAGGCAGUUCCAGUGGUUACUCCUCGUAGCAUACCUUUAGACUUACCAUAUGGAACAAACAGAGGAUACUAUGACCCUUGUGAGCCUGGGAUCAUGGGAGAUGCAACAAUGACAAGCUCUAGGCAUGAUCUUGGUGCACCUAAUGAUGAUUUAAUUGGCUCAGCUUCCGUUCCAGCCAACUCAAAUUAUGAUUUUGGAGAAGAAUAUAUACCUGUUGGUGGUUAUGUCAGUGACAACUUGCCCUCUAAGAACUCAAAUUAUGAUUUUGGAGAAGAAUAUAUUCCUGUUGGUGGUUAUGUCAGUGACGCCUUGCCUUCUGAGACAGUCCAACCAUUUUCUGAUGAACAUAAUGGUACUAGCGUGAACACUAGUAGUCUGGAAUAUAUUCCAAUGCCUAUUGAACAUCAUCGUCAAUACCAAACUAACAUUGGCAUGUCUGGAGUUGCGGGUGCUGAAUCUGAAUCCAGAAAUGGACAUCUGCGUCAUUAUCAGUUUCCUGGUGACUUAACUUCUACAAGGGCCACUGAGAACAUGAGGAAGGUUGAGAGGCUACCGUACCCCGACGACCGCAUCUUUCCUUCAUUUACUUACCCUUCAUCAUCAAGGGGUUUUUCUUCUAAGGACGAACUCAACAAUGAAGUUCAAACAUAUAAACACCAAGAAGAAUUUGGAGGUCAUGUUUCUUAUACAAACAAGACGGCUGUUCGGGGUUCCAGUAUUUACCCUUCUUUUGCUUAUCCUUCAACAACGGGGGAUGGAGCUGAUUUGUAUGACAGAACUAGUAACAAAGGCCAAGCUUAUCAACGGCAUGAAGAAUUUGGCGGUGAUGCUUUUGACUCUAACAAUAGGGUGACUCGAAUGAAAGAGCGUGUUAAUCAUGCUGAACUUGGAAGAACUAAAACCAGAGAGAGUGUCUUCAAAAGGCUGGGUGUGCCUCCUUCAAAAGAACGUUAUGCUGAAAAGGAUACGUCUCCGGAAACUGAAUCAGUCGAUGAUGUCAUGGCCUUUUUAAACGACUGUCACAAAGUUUGGAUGGAGAAAAAAAGAUCAAAUAUGAGUACCUCUGAGGAUUCUGGCAAACCGAAGAAGAAAAAGGAAAAGAUUCAGAGAGCAGAGGUACUUGACAAUGAUUUGAUCCACCCUUUUACUGAGACUACUCCAGAUGAUCUGUUGGAUUGUGAAGGAAGUAUGGAACAAAAUGUUCAAAAGCUACCAUUCAUUAAUUUUAAGCGCCGUAGCAAAGCUCCAAAGAGCCCUGGUGAUCUAACUCAAGGGUGUAAAGAGAGCCCUGAAACCCCAGCUUCUCAGAACAAGAAAAGAAAGCUGCUGAGGCCAAAACUCAUUGAAGAUGACUCGGAAAAGGAUAGAGGAAACAAAGAUAAUCCUAUUCGAAUUGUCUUGGCCUCGGAAAAUGAUAGAGGAAAAAAUGAGGAUCCUAUUAUUGAAAACAUCUUGGCCUCACAGUCUGCUGGUGAAGUCCCCGUCCAUGACUUCAUUGGACGUAAGGAAGAUGACUCGAAAAAUGAUGAUAGAGGAAAAAAUGAGGAUCCUACUGAAAAUAUCUUGGCCUCACAGUCUGCUAUAGAAGUCCCCGUCCAUGACUUCCUUGGACGUAAUGAAGCUGACUCGGAAAAUGAGGAUCCUAUUGAAAAUACCCUGGCCUCACAGUCAGCUGUUGAAGUCCCCGUCCAUGACUUCCUUGGACGUGAUGAAGAUGGCUCAGAAAAGGAUAGAGAAAACGAUGGUGAUCCUAUUGACAAUGUAUUGCCCACACAGUCAGCUACUGAGGUUCCCUUCCAUGACUUCCUUGGACGUGAUGAUCAAUAAACGCUCAAAUGGAGUUGGAAGUACUAAAGGACAGAAAAUAUGGCCUCUUCCAGGAUGUACUUCUACAAU